UGAUGUCUUGUGUGUGUGUGUGUGUUGACUUGUCAGGGGCGUACGUAAAAAAAACUAGGGAAAAGGAAAUUGAAUUAACAAAGAACAUUUCUGUCUUUGUGUUUUCUACGCUGUAAAAUUUAACGACUCUUUCAUUGCUAGUGUUGUGUGUGAAUCAGUGAUAAGAAAUGUCUGGACACAAAUACAUCGGUAAUACUAACAACUUGUUCGAAGAUGACGACGUCGACGACGAAACUUUUGUUAACAGUUACCGUCCAAGGAUCCCAGCUUCUCAACCUAAACCAGCUCCGACAUCGUAUGGCGGGGGCCACAUAGCAGAACUAGAACGACAAAGACAAGCCAUGAUGGAGAGGCAACGCGAGAUUGAACAACGUACUCUAGAUUCCUCGUCCCGCAGUGUAGGCCUCUUGCGUGAAUCAGAGCAAAUUGGGAUAGCGACAGCAGAGGAACUCGCCCGUCAGCGCGAGCAACUUCAAACCACCAACAAACGACUCGACGAGAUUAACACGAACCUCACAUACAGUCAGAAACACCUAAAUGGUAUUAAAUCUGUAUUCUAUGGCCUAAAAAACUACAUUUCCGGUAAAUCGGACUCGACUCCUCCCCGAAGUCAAGCCUCUCCUGAUGCGAGGGGCUCUGAAACAAGAGGCUCUUCAAUAAGUGGUCUAGAGAGCACUCUAAAUAAUUUAUCUAGUACUAUAACUAGUGAAGAUAGGUUCAAUGCACACCCGUCAGCUCGACUGCGUGGCUUGGACGAAGGUAGCUCCUCUGCUGGGCAAGUAACUGAUAGUAAACGGAUCAACGAUAUGCUGGAUGCUAACUUAGAUGAAAUGCUCCACUCCAUAUCCAGGCUCAAAGGCCUCGGUGUUGCCCUCGGUGAUGAAAUUGAACAGCAGAAUGAGCUUAUAGACACUAUCCAAGACAAAGUAGAGGGAGCAGAUAUUAAAAUUGGAAGUCAAAACAAACAGAUGAAUAAACUGCUUGGAAAAUAGCUAAGAAUAUAUUUUAUGUAUUGUGCAUAAACAUAUAGGGUGUCAGAAUAGCAACAUGUUGGUUUAUUGUGUGGUUGUUUGCUUGUUAAGACAUUCCCAAGCAAUAUUUUAUAACAUUUUCUAUAAUAAUUGUAUAAUAUGUAUUGAAAAUAUUUUUAUUUUAGAGAAAAUUUAUUUUCUGGCUAUGUUUAGUUUACAAGUUAUUUUGGUGGUUUUGUUAUACUAUUAGUUUUUAAGAAAUAUAAAUUUAAUUGUUCUAAACUGUAUUAUAAUGAAAUUUAGUUCUACUCAAGCACCUUAAUAACUAUGUUUUAAAAGUACAUACUCAUCAUUAUUGCAUGCAUAGUAUCCCUUCAACAUAAUAUUCUUUACAUAUUUUAGUAUUAAAUGUAUAAAAGAAACAAGGGUUAUUUCAUUAUGUUCACUUUACUAGUACCUACCACUUUGUUUAUGUAAAGUUCUGAAGAGAGAGAUGGUUGACCUUAAUUAUAGGGAAUUAUUAUUAAAAUAUAGGCUACAUAGUUUGAUCAACAUUGUUUUUAAAUGUUAGUGUAACAAACAAACAACAUUCAACCAUACUUAAAAAAAUACUGAUUUGCAGCAUACUGUUAAUUACUCUCCCUAUCUGAUCCUCAACCCAAUUUUAAUGUUUGACUGUUUGAGCACUAAAGUUGUUACAUCAGAUCAUUAAAACUUUACUCAUUAUUAUCCAAAUAGAGUUGGCCUUGUUAGUCUGAUAACACUGUAACAUUUACUAAAUAUUUAAUUUUUGAACUAAAUUCUUGUAAAUGUGUAUUAUAAAUUAAAACAACUAUUGUUUAUUCUAA